AUGGUAAGCACUGAACCGGACCAUCAAGUUGAGUGUUCUGCUGCCGAGCCCGUGCCCUUUGAGGGACAGUCCACCACACACCAAGCCUACCAAGCACCUUCAGCAGAGUUUUGGCGGCAGGGGCAGAGCAUGGACAGAAGCAGCAAGCAAGAAGCUUCUCAUGCGCUGCAUUUCGAGGGGACGAGUUUUCUUAUGCGGACCCACUACCAGCCCCCGCCACCAGAUGCGUUGCAAUCACCGGCAACAAGCUUGGUAACAGACAAGGCCAUGGCCAAGAGCACGCCGCUGCAGCUUGCAAAGUUUGAGGGUCAGUCCACCAUGCAUCGCGACUUCCAAGCACCAGUUUUGGAACAGCUGCUGUUGCCAAGAUCCACAGCCAGCCACGACACAAGUCCUCCAAUCCGCUUUGAGGGGGAGUCAUCCAUGAAAGCACACUACCCAGCCCACCCGGUGGAGCCACCGCAAGCUGCCGCAGGCAAGCUGGACCAUCAGGUUAACUGUUCUGCUGCAAAGCCACUGCCCUUUGAGGGACAGUCAACCACACACAAUGCCUACCAAGCACGUCCAUGA